GGCCACCGGUGUUUGUUUUUAACUAAAACAGUCUGUGAAUUUGUAGAUAAAAUUUGCCUUCAUCUUAUUGGUAAAUUUACUUUGUGUUAAAGACACGGUCUAAAAACAUUGAAAAAAUGAGUUGCAACAACCAAGCAUAUACACACUCAUUUGCGCAAUACCUGCAGUCCAUGGUCAAAUUGGACGCCCUAGAGAGGAUGACUGAGGAUUUGGACAAAGAAUUGGCUGACUCGCAGACUAUAAUGACAGAGAUAAAAACAAUAUUUGAUAGUAUUCCCAAGGAGCAACAAAGACGUGCUCACGAAAACAACGAUUUGAGGCAUGAAGAUCUCUCUCAGUUUUUGGAGUCCGGCGUACCAAAAUUGUUGUUGCCGGACAUGACUGAGAACAGUGGAGAUGUGGACGUCGAUAAUAUCAUCGCUACCAUGAAGCGCUACGCAGAAGAUCUUCGUAAGAAUCUUACCGUUCAAGAGUGCAAUACGAGAUUCGUCAAGAAAGCCAUUGAGAAUUUGGAUCUCACUCAAUACGCUACAAGCCUUGAACAGCUCAGCAAGAGUCUCGCCAACGUAAAAAUCACAAAUGAAGUUGUCAACAGAAAUGCUGAACUGGAGCAAAAACUUGCCUUACUUUGCCAGGAUGUAAAUAUGUUCACACAGAUGGUACAAGCUGAAGAAAAAUCAGGCGAAACAAACAGAAAUUGGAAGGCAGUAGCUCUGGACAACUCAACACUGUGCUAUGAUACCAUCAUAAAUAAGCUGCUGUCUGAUAUCAAUGAAGUGACUUAUUUGCUCAAGAAUAAGAAUUAAGU